AUUUUUAUUUAUCCCGAUUUCUUUGUUCACACAAGACGGGAUUUCAAGUGUUUCUCCCUCACGCGGACUAGUUUUAAUGGCUGCCCAAAAGACAAGUAGUGCGGCCUUUAGAUUUCCUAUUCUUUACCAUUUCAUAGUUUAGAUUUAGAGAAAAACAAGCUAACACUCACCACCUGAUAUAAAAUAUCGGACGCGAUGCCCUCAUCCCAUUCGAAUCGGCGUGCCCAUUUGCAAGACCGGCAAGCACCCAACGCACCCCUUCCCACCUCCCGUGCGAACGCCACCCUUCCGGACGAAAGCAGCGUAGUCGAUCGGGGAGAAAAAGGUGCGAAUCAAGUGCCGAAUCCUAUUUCUAGCCCCGAUUUGCCCAACGCGGGUCUUGUCGAAACGAUCGAAUUGACUCAAUCUUCCAAAAUGGAAGCCGACGAAAUUCCUUUGGCGCAUUUUAAUGCGCAGCCCAAGACAAACGCGCUCCCGUCGUUGCUUGCGUCAGCGAAGGCGGAAGGCGCCCCGCAAAAUGUUGCGAAUCGCGUCGAUCCCACUUUCGCCUUCACCACGCGGGCUGCGAGGAAAGAACCCCCCCCACCUUCCCAAGAGACCGUUGAGAAGGCGGUCAAACUCGCUUCGCCGCCCCCCAACGACGUCCGGCCUUUGGAUAAUAACGCGAUAGGAGCGGAAAUGGCGAAGGUGGAUCCCAAGGGCGGUGUAUCCCACUCUUUUAGGGAAUCCUCUUCCAAAUUGGUGAAUGGCAACCCAACACGACAAGCCCCCCCGGGGAAUCCUUCGGAAACGGAUCCUAAGCGGGACGUUAAACGUGAGCGGGAAGGCACCGACUCCGAGAAGGAUAAAGAAGGGCAACCCAUUCCAUCCUUACGGCGAUUACGAAAAGGGAAGCGCUCCGAAGCGAUUCAAGAGGAUCAUUCGCUUUUUAUUAAGUAUCGUGAGCUCCGCACAACCACACCACAGAGCUUUCCGAAAGCGCCUUACGCGCAGGCUAAAGAUAUUUUAGCCUCCUUAAAUGAGUGGACAAUUCCUCCUGAGAUCAUGUACGCGAGGCUUUUGUGGAAAUACACACCAGACGCUUUUUUGGCUUUAGUGAUGCGAAAAACGCAAAGCGAAGGAGACAAUACCUUUAAACUUAAAGAAGAGCCAGACGAAUGUUGA